AUGGGUGAGAGGUUAGAUCAAAUAGGUGGACAUGUGACUAGUUAUAUGCAGUCUGAUAUUGGAGAGAGCUUUGUUGGAACUGAGCCACAAGGGGCUAUGGGUGCCAAGAACAAUGUGGAGAGGAUUGAGAUGAAGAGUGAUAAGACUCCUGAUCCUACACAUGUGAAAGAUAAAAAUGAGGUUGAUGAUGAAAAAAAGGAAGUAGUUGCUGAGGGAUUAUGUUCUCUUGGGAAAAAUUUACCUAGCAAGAAACCAGCUAGCAUGUCUCCUGAUACUGCUGAGGAUAACAUUGAUUUGGAGGAAGAGAGCUCAGGGGAAGAGGAGGACACUUUGGUUCACCAUGUGAAACCAAGUGCUGCUAGGAAAUUGAAGACUAGGAAAGAAAAAACCGUGGCUGAAAUGAUGGCAUCCAGGACUAGGAAGAAGACUGCUGACAUCUCCCCUGCAAAAAGGCAGACUAUUAAGAAGUGUCCAAGCAAAGCUGCAGCUGUGCAUUUAGACAACAUCUCUUUUCACUUAGAAGACGGUGCUGCUAAAUGGACGUUUGUCAUUCAGAGGAGGGUAGCGGUUGAGAGAGAGCUGGGAAAAGAGGUUGUUGAAGUAAAGGAAGUCAUGGAUUUAAUCAAUAAUGCUGGAUUGAUAAAGAUUGUGGUUGCUCUACCCCGAUGCUAUGAGGGGUUGGUGAAAGAAUUUGUUGUAAAUAUCCCUGAGGAGAUUUCUGAAAGGAGCAGCAGGGAAUUUUACAAAGUUUUUCUAAGAGGUAGGUGUGCGAGAUUCUCACCAACCAUCAUCAACAAGUUCCUAGGGAGAUGA